GAAACAGAGGAUGAAUUGCCAUUUAGUGUUGAAAGAUACACCAAUAUGAGUUCCAGGCAAGGUGGAGAAAUGUUGACAGAGAUACCAGAAGGAGACGAAUGGAUUGCUCCAAAUAUUUGUGCAACUAUUUGUAAACUUGUUCUCCCAAAAUCUCCAAAUUGCCCAUUUCUGGUUGCCCUGUCCUUGGAAGGAAGCAAAGCUCUUAUGGGUGUCCCCUCGUCUUGGUCACUUAAAGAACUCAGUCGAAGGUACUACAAACUCUUCAUGGAAUUGUCACCACAAGUUAGACAACUUUAUAAUCUUGUUUUGCUUGAUCUUGAUGAGACUCAAAUUGCAGACUUGCCGAAGGAGAUUGGAGAACUUUCUAAUCUAGAAAUUUUGAGAUUAUCGCUUGAUGGAUACAUGAAUUGUGGAAAGCAAUUGCAGGGAAAUGUAUUAAUUCAUCCCGGCACCAUUAAAAGGCUCUCGCAAUUGAUGGAAUUAAAAAUUGGUGUGAAUCCAGAUAAUGAAGACUGGAAUGCGGUUGAGGAAGUAGUUGUAGAGGAAGCCUGUAGCUUGGAAAGAUUGGAGCUUCUUAUGUUAUACCUGCCAAAUCAUAGACAGCGUCUCAUCUCUCGAGUACCAGAAAAAGUUGAAGUUCACUUUCAAAGGUGGGACAAAUGCUUGAAAUUUGUUAAGGGCAAUGAUAUCUCAAGUGAGAUGAAAUGGGUAGUUGGAUACCAAAAAGCAUUCUACCUUGAACGUCAUGCCACUGCUAAAAGCUUGUGUGAUUUUGGGAUAAAUAAUGAGAAGAACCUAAAGUUUUGCUUAUUGGAAAAAUGUAAUAAAAUCCAAACCAUCAUAAAUGAAAGAAAGUCCUAUGAAGAAGAAAAAAUUGAUAUAGUUGAAGAUAAGGUGAACGGUUGUGAGUCUGGAGUUGAGGCAUAUUCUGCUCAAGAACCUAUAGUUUUGAAUCUCCAAUACCUGCAUGAGAAAGGGAGUGUGGGAAGCAUUGGAAUGGGAAGAGUCAGAGUGGAAAAGUCAGCCGAUUAUCUCCAUAGCAUUUUCUCCCCAAUUGAUAAAGACGAUGAUGUGAUGAUACAAAUGCAAGAGAUGUAUAACUCUGGGUCCAUUACCAAUCAGGGGAUAGUAGGGCAAGUGAUAUCAGAUGAAGUCAUAGAGGCAGUGCUGAAUUUAAGCCUUCGAACUUCACUUAUGGUUCGAACCAGAGCAGAUCUUCCUCCACCGACCUCCCUGCCCCCAACCACCACCGUUGACAGCCCUUUCCAGCCCUUGGUGGCUCAUCUUCCUUCCCUUCCUCCACCAACCAGCAGCAGCUUCAACAGCACCGAACAAAGUAGCAGCACAGAACAGAGCCAUAGCAGCAGAACAGAUCUGCAUCUGCUCUCAACCACCACCAUCAGCAGCCCCUUCCAGCCCUUCGCGGCUCAACUUCCUUGCCGGCCACUGAACAGCAGCAGCUUCUUCACCGAACAGAGCAGCAUCUGUUGCUCACCUUCCUCUCCUUCCCAGUGGGUAGAAACCCCUUCUUCAUCCACCGAACCAAGCAACAGUAGCAGCAAAACAGAGCAGUAAAAAUAAAAUGAAAGUAGUACA